AGUUUCCACCACAAGCUGUUCCCCAUGACAUCUUUACACUCACUCUUGUUGCUCCUUCUUGGAGUGGCACUUAUUACUACACCAGUGGUGGCCAAUUUCAACAUACCCAUUUAUGAGCCUCCCCCAAUUGGGAUACCACCCAUAACUGAACCUCCACCCAUCUAUGAACCUCCACCAACUGAAAAACCACCGCCAUUAUAUAACCCCCCAUUUCUCCCUCCACCACUGUUCCAUCCUCCAUAUGAGAAGCCACCACCAGUGUAUCAACCUCCUGUUGAAAAACCACCACCAGAGUACCAACCCCCUCAUGAGAAGCCACCGGUGUACAAACCUCCUCAUGAGAAACCACCGCACGAGAAGCCACCACCGGUGUAUAAACCUCCCUACGUGAAGCCACCUCCGGUGUAUCAACCUCCUCACGUGAAGCCACCACCGGUGUAUCAACCUCCUCACGAGAAGCCACCACCGGUGUAUCAACCUCCUUACGUGAAGCCACAUCCGGUGUAUGAGCCUCCUCAUGUGAAGCCACCACCAUAUCAACCUCCUCACGAGAAGCCACCGGUGUAUCAACCCCCUUACGUGAAGCCACCGCCGGUGUAUGAGCCUCCUCACGUGAAGCCACCUCCGGUGUAUGAGCCUCCUCACGUGAAGCCACCACCAGUAUAUCAACCUCCUUACGUCAAGCCACCACCGGUGUAUGAACCUCCUCACGAGAAGCCACCACCGGUGUAUCAACCUCCGCAUGAGAAGCCACCCCCGGUGUAUCAACCUCCCUACGUGAAGCCACCUCCGGUGUAUGAACCUCCUCAUGUGAAGCCACCACCAGUAUAUCAGCCUCCUUACGUGAAGCCACCACCGGUGUAUGAACCUCCUCAUGUGAAGCCACCACCAGUGUAUCAGCCUCCCUACGUGAAGCCACCACCGGUGUAUGAACCUCCUCACGAGAAGCCACCGCCGGUGUAUCAGCCUCCAUACGUGAAGCCACCACCGGUGUAUGAACCUCCACACGAGAAGCCACCGUCGGUGUAUCAGCCUCCUCACGAAAAGCCACCAGUGUAUCAACCUCCUCACGUGAAGCCACCACCGGUGUAUCAACCUCCCUAUGUUAAGCCACCACCAGUGUAUCAACCUCCUCAUGAGAAGCCACCGCCAGUGUAUCAACCUCCUCACGUGAAGCCACCACCGGUGUAUCAACCUCCCUAUGUUAGGCCACCACCAGUGUAUCAACCUCCUCAUGAGAAGCCACCGCCAGUGUAUGAACCUCCUCACGAGAAGCCACCACCAGUGUAUCAACCCCCUUAUGAGAAACCACCACCAGUAUUUCAACCUCCAUAUGAGAAGCCGCCACCGCUAUUUCCACCCCCUUAUGUGAAACCACCACCAGUGUUGGAACCUCCAUACAAUCCACCAGGUUGCAGUCCCCCACCUUUUGGUCACUUUCCACCAUCAAAGAAAACCUAAUAACAAGUGGCGUCUGUGACGUGCUUUAGAGGGGUCGUUUGUCAGAUAAAGUUUUGUUUUGUUUGGUUUGGGAAGCACUUUUAAGACUUCAACUUCAAUCUGCUCCUCCUGCAUGCAAUUGUUCUUAAAAAUAAAGGCUGUAUCUGCACAAUAACUUCAAUUUCCCUCUCAACAAAGAUGUUGUAAUGUAAUGUGUCUAUUAUUUGUGGCUUCAUCUAUGGCUCCAAUUAGCUUUUCUUUGUGCUAUUAAAUCGUCUGCCUUGGUUGAAAAAAAUUAAA